CCCUCCACCUGGCGAGGCGGCGGCGGCGGCAGCAGCAGCAGCGCUCAGGAGGAGAAGGCCCGGGGGGGGAAACAAAAACAAUUUGUUUGGGAAGUGGCAGCGACGUGGGACUUGUGAGCGUUUCGCAGUUAUAUUUUGUUUUGUUUUAAACGUUCAAAACAACGAGUGAACGGACACAACAACGACAAGACCACCCCCCCCCCCCACGCACGCGGCUAUUAUACACGCGCGGGUUCUUCUAUCUCUCUCCACCACCACCACGACUCUUACUCGUUUUCAUUAUUUUCGACGCAAUGGCGACCGCGGGAGGAGGCGGCAAGAUACGCAGCAAACGUCAGCACGGAGCUGGGAAGCCGUACGCGAGGAACAAAGGCUUGCUGGGCCGCGUCACCGACAACGUGAAGAACCUCAUCCCGUCCUGGCUGCAGAGCUACUUCCGCACAGACGACUCCACAGCGGCAGAGGCGGCACCGCCGACGUCCUCUGCACCUUCGAGAUCCCCAUCCAGCUCGCUGGACCCUGAAGAGGCGAGGCCGGCACCACUGGACAGCUUCUCCUUCGCCGGCCUCAACCACGACGCCCAGCAGAACUGCGAAGUGGCCGGGGAUGGUGCCAAGCCGAGCACGAGCACCGCCGCUACCUCUGGCUACACCUACACGGUGCCGUUCCCUAGGACGCGUGGCCCCCAAAAGCGGCAGCCCAUCGACCGCUCGCACGCGACGCAGCACGGCUCCCUGGCGCUGCAGUCCUGGCUCCCGGCAGCUGGGAACGCCGCAGGGCCCAAGCCCGGCGACGCCAGGGAUGUGGCCGCCACUGGCCGAGAGGCGGGGGUCGGCUCUGGUUCUGCCAGUGCGGUUGUCACCGGGACGAGGAGUGGGCAGACGAUGCCAGUGCUGAGCGGCGCUGACGGCGUCGCGAGGGACGUGCGCGACUCGAGCUCGCAGUGCGAGGACGACAGCGUGUCUACCACCAGCGGGUUCUCAUCACGCGCCUCCGACAAGGGUACAGCCACUGCUACUCCGCUGGAUGUGAGCAUGCAGCCGCGUGGUUCGGCAGUGCUGCUGCAGCCUCUGUGGUGCAUGGGGGCGGAGCUGCCCGCUCGCUCGACCCCGCAACCGUCGGCUCACAGCGCCAAGAAGCCCUCGUUCAACCUGACGGUGUUUGACAGCUCCCGCACGGCUGGAGGACUGGGCUCUGGUCAGCGGGGAGAGUCCACUUUCUACGCAGGGAAAACCACGUAUGGCGGGGCAUCUGCCAUGUCACGGCCAUCACAACGCAAACUGCCUGUCGCCCCUUACCAGGCUCCCUACCGCGUGCAGGUCAAGGCGAAGCCGGCUACUCCCAGGCUCACGUCGGCAGUCACCAGCGUUACCGCUCGCCGCAUUCUCCAGUCGCUCGAGAAGCUGUCGUCUCCGCUGUCGGAUGCCCUCAAGAUUCCCUCGAGCAACACAUCCCCUUCUCUGUCUGGGUCAUCGUACCUCGACCCAGUGUCGAGUCUGCGAGCUCACAGGCUGCAGCCACAGCGGCCGCCCGUGCAGCAGCUGGUGACGCCGCGUGCGGCCGCCGUCUCGUCCAGCCGCUCGCUCUACCGCCGCUCGUGGGCAGGGCCUUCACGAACCGCUUCACCGUCGCCCUCAACCACCACCACCGCUGUCGCACAGUCUUCCCUUGCGAGCGACUCCACUCAGCCGGGAACUUCCUGUGACAAUCGCACACUGCAAAGCAGCAAGGCCUCGCUGCCUGGGCCUCCCAAGGCCCUUGCCGAGCUGGCGACCCCAGUAGCCAACGGGCUGCCCAGGGGGGGCGGUGGCGGCGGCGGUGGUGGUGGCGGCAAGAUGAAGCGUGAGCGGAUUGCCGUCCACUUCUCGGCCCAGAAAGACGAUGAAUCGGAGUCGGACGUAGCGCUGCCGAGCGUGCCCCUCCCCAUCCGUGCUGGCGCCCUGCCAUCAUUCAGCUUUGGCCCUGUGGCCACCUCCACACCGGCCAACACGCGGUCUGCUGCCCUUGCCGCCGCCAUCGGCAGCAGCAGCGGAGGUGGUGGUGGUGGUGGGAGUGGCUCUACUGACAAGACGCCGUUUGCGUUCACAACUCCGCCCGUCAAGGCCACCGAGAUCGAGCAGCCGCCCACCAGCCAACCGCCACCAUUCCAGUUCAGCACGCCGGUCACUAAAGCUGGCCUAGUGACGACCCCUACCACCCUGCCCAGCUCCGGCACAGCGGCUGCAGGGUUCGCGUUCAGAUUGCCCUCGGCGACACAGACCACGCCGGUCCCGUCGGUGGGCGUAGUGGCGGCGGCAGCGGCGCUGUCUGGCCACAAGGAGCGGAGUGGUGGUGCCACGUCCCCGGCCGGGGAUCUCAAGGGAUCAAAGGGGAUGAGCAAGCGAAGCAAUGAUGAGGACAAUGACUCUGAAGGAGGUCCCUUCAAGGCAGCCAAGACUCUCAAGUCUGGCAGUGUGCUCGACAUCCUAAAGGCCUCUUCAGCACCCAAAGGGCCAGGCUUCGGCGAGGCGGCGGCGGCGAGCGGCGGUAGUGGUGGCGAGGUGCGACCAACCGCCUCUGGGUUCGGAGAUCGCUUCCGGCCGCCCGAGGGCUCGUGGGAAUGCAACGCGUGCAUGGUGCAGAACCAGGCGUCGCACGUGACGUGCGUGGCCUGCCAGGCCUCCAAGCCCACGCCCAAGCGAGCCACAGCCCCUUCCAGCAUUCCAGCUGCCAACGCCAAACUGCCGCAGGCUGCGGGGCCCUCGCUCGCCGAGCAGUUUGCUGCCCCUCCCGGCUCGUGGGACUGCGACACGUGCAUGGUGUCAAACCGCGGCGAGAGCUCCCGCUGCGUGGCGUGCGACACGCCGCGCGCCGGCCUCGCCCCCAAGCGGUCCGCGCUCGCCCCACCGCUGUCCACCUCCUCCUCUUCGGCCGCCUCCACCUUCUUCUCGAGCGGCGUUUCCACCGCUCCCGCCUCGAUAACGAGAGCGCCCGCAUCAUCGGUGCCGCCGCCUGCGUACACAAAGCCCUCGGCAGCCGCCGCCGCCGGCGCCUCCAGCCUGGCCUCCCUGUUUGUCCGGCCAGAGGGCGCGUGGGACUGCGAUGUGUGCAUGGUGCAGAACAAGGCCGGCAGUGGCUCGUGCGCGGCCUGUCAGACCGCCAAGUCCGGUGGCAAAGCCCCCAUGUCGUCCGCGGCACCAGCAGCCACCCCGGUCGGUUUUGGAGACAAGUUCAAGCGUCCUGCGGGCUCGUGGGACUGCGACACGUGCAUGGUGUCCAACUCGGCGAGCACCGACGUGUGCGCCUGCUGCUCCACCGAACGGCCUGGAGCCGCCCGGCCCUCAGCAGCGCAGGCCGCAGCGCAGCCCGACCGGCCGACAUUCUCAUUCGGCCUCUCGUCAGACGACUCUGCCGCCAGUGCCCUGCCCAGCGCCGCCGCCACCUUCUCGUUCAACAGCCAGGGCGGCUUCAAGUUCGGCACGGGCUCCACAUCGGCCAGCAAAGACACUACUACUACUGCCCCUUCCUCAACCGCUGGUGCUAGUGGCGUCACGGACACGAGUGGCCUGGCAGCAGCAAGGGGCUUCACGUUCGGCACUACCGCCCCAGCCAACGACUCCACCGUGACUUUUGGCGGCGGUUUCAAGCUCCCGUCAAGCGACGCCGCGGAAAUGGCACAGACGUCCGCCGCCACCUUCACGUUCGGUACCAAAGUUGGUGCCGGUAACUCCACCGUCUCCGCCGCCGCCACCACCGAUUCAUCUGCCGCCGCGUCGACCGCAAAGAUCGCAGAACCGAAGGGCCCGAGCGGCGGCACUUUUCAGUUCGGCGUCGCGACUCCGUCGUUUGGACAAAAUGCGCUGGCCGGCGGUGCAGAUGCCAGCAAGCCCGGGGCGGGGUUCGCGUUCGCGCCCGACAAAGAGGCGGCACCGGCCACGUUUGGCGGCUUCCAGUUCAAAACGAGCGGCGCCGCAGAGCAGCCGGCGGCCACGGCGACUUUCGGUGCGUUCGGCGGCGUGAAGCGUUCGGGCGGCGCCGGGCCCGAGGGGAAGGCCGUGCCGCCGUUGGCGACGGGGUUCAGCUUCUCCAAAGAGGCGGCGCAGAAGACGGACGCAGAUGAACCAACAGCCAAGAAACCAUUCGGCUUCGCCACCAUGAACCCAUCCGCUGCGGCCACCCCGGGCCUUUUUGGUGCCGCGACCCCUGCGCCCUCCUCGUCUGCUGCAGCGCCCGCGAGCGGCAGCUCCUUCUCGUUCGGCACGAAGCCCAUCGCGUUCGGCGUCCCCGUCAAACCGGACGCGCCCGCGGCCAACGCCGGUCCCUCCACCUCCAUUGGGGCUGCCCCGCCCUUCAUGUUCGGCCCCGCGGCCUCCGUGUCGGCCGCCAAGCCCGACCCCGCCGCGACCGGAGCCGCCCCCGCCUGCUCGUCCGCGCAGAUUGCGCCGUUCGGCUUCGCCCCUUCGGCUAAGCUCGACAAGCCUACCACGACCUUCUUGUUCGGGCCGGGCCACGAGUCCCAGCAGCAGCUCGCGGGCACCGCCGCUAACAACUCUGCCACGCCGGUGGCGCCGUUUGUGUUUGGCAAGACGGACCCGGGCGUGACCAACGCGACCGCGACCAACGCGGCCGCGGCACCGCCGGUGUUCGGCGCGUUGCCCAAGACCGACGCGCCGGCCGCAAACUCCGGCGUCGCAGGGGCUCCGGGGUCGGGCGGCUCCACGUACAUGUUCGGACCCUCGGCCGGGAGCGCGGCCAGCGCCGCCACGGCCGCCGUCACACCCUUCGGAUUCGGUGGAGUCACGGGCGCAGCCAGCUCCAGCGGCGCAGGCUUCGGCUCCGGCUCGAGUUCCAUCUUCUCGGCGCCCGGCAGCUCCCUGCCCACGUUCGGCACCGCUUCAUCCGCUUCCCCGGCGGGCGCCGCUCACGCCUUCGGCACCCAGCCUGGCAGCAGCGGCGGCGGCGAUGGCGGGGGCGGCCCCGGCGGGGCACCCUUCAGGCAGCAGCCGCCCACCCAGCCGCCUGCGUUCGGCUCCUCGGGGCCCUCGCAGUUGGCCCCGCCAGCUUUUGGCUUCUCGGCCAAUCAGCAGCAAGCGCCCGCGUUUGGCUCGGGGGCAGCGCCCGCCGGAGGGCAGCAGCCGUUGUUCUCGGCCGCGGUGCAGAAGCCGGCGUUCGGACCUGGUGGCGCCGCUGGGCAGCCCGCUGGCUCCGGGAGUUUCCAGUUCUCUGGCGCUGCCCCGGCAGCAGCAGCUCAAGGCUUCAACUUCGGAGCAGCGAGUCCUGCGCCGGGUCCCAGCGGGAGCAGCUUGACGUUUGGAGGGAGCCCACAGCAGGCGCCUGGCACCUUCCAGUUCAACGCCCGUCCAGGGUUCAACAUCGGGAUGUCCGGGAGCCCAGCGAACCAGUUCCAGGGUAGUUCUAGCGCCACCCUCAAAAACCGUAAAUACAAGACCGCAGUUCGCCGCCGCAAGUAACGUGCGGGGGGGUGGGGGAGGCCCUCUCCCCCUGGCCGCCCGCGCUGCAUGCCCCGCACCGCCGCCAUCUCCCUCGCAAGCAACGCCGGAGCCCCUCGCUGGGGCUUUAUAACCGAUUACCGAGACGGCUUUUUAUCGAGGGCUAAAUAGAAGAACUCUUAGUACAUGAGAUUUGUUUUUUAAAGCAAGCAAACUAAAUCGAACACGUAAUUAGAACUGGUCGAGCAAGGCUUUUAGGCUUUGCAUGGACGUGUGGCGGCACAGGCGUGCGUGUGACGCGUCCCCCCCCAGUCCGUGCUUGCGAUGAACCCGUUCGGCACGGUCGCAAACGGCGUGCGUCGGCGAGCUCUCGCUUGUUGGCAGGAGUAGCUGGGGCCAGAAAUAAAGACAAGGGGAGGGAAAAAAUACGUGGACAGUGACUUUGGGUUAUAACCGUGCCCCACGUCUUCGGCCGCAUUUCUUUUUGAACGCUUUGUCGUUCAUUUAAGUGUCAGCAUUCAGCUUUGGGCCCGUGGUAUUUCCUCGUUUGAGUCUGAGACGGUCUGCUUGUGCGUGCGUGGUGCAGGGUGACAUAGGUGUUGUUGUUGGGGCGUGCGUGCUUGCGUGCACGCGAGCUCGUAGCAGUGCGUUGAGAAAUGCCGCGCGUGAGCGCACUGGAGCGUUGUUGUUUUUCUCCGAGCAAUUGGGGAACGAGUGCAAGUUGGGAAAGAGUGGAUGCGUGCAGAGUCUAAAAGGGGGCUGCCGUUGUGAAUUUUAGCUUAUUUUAUAAAUGGUUGCGAAUGGCACUGCAUGUACAUAAGCAACUCUUGGUUUUUUUAUGCUUACACUCUUGUAAUUAAAAUUUGAUUUUACGUUUUUCUUUCGUGUUUCUAUUCCUUUGCCAUCUUGUAGUUGUGGAGUAUUUUUUUUGCUUUAAUUUUCCUUUCUUGGCAAUGUCUCUUUCCCUCCCCCUUACCAAAAUGUUGCAAAGAAGAACCCCCUCCAUUAUUCAAAGUUGCCUAUAUCCAUUGGCUGUGCGUUACUGGGUGGAAAAUUGGUAUAUUAUGUAAAUUAUCUGCUCUUUCGUCUCUCCUCGCGCUGUGAAUGGAUGAAUGCCGUUAUUGGCUGAAGUUAAAUUUAAACAAAAAUAAAAAAUGAAAAAAAAAUAGGAUGCGUUUUGGACCCCAGAGAAAUCCCUGCAGUUGUACAAAAAUGAAGUUUUAUUUUUUUACGCGAUUUAUAAAAUGGACAGUGGUAACUUUGGAUAAUAAGGACAAUGGUGAUGCGAGUAUAAAGCUUUGUUUAUUGACACUUACUAUCAGUUUUCGCUGAUGUAAUUGCCUCCAAUAAAUAUUAUUAAAAGUAAAAUCCUGAGCCGUGCCUGCUGUGUGUUUGGAUUUUCCUGUGGUUACUUUGCCUCAAUUAGAAGGCAGUCUCUGUCGUACACAAACUCACGAUACCAGCCAUAGCCACGUCUUAAGUCACAUGACAUGCUGAGGAUUUUGAGACGCAAACCGGAGGAAAUCUGGCUUCUAAGCGUCGUCGUGAUGGUCCGAUGGAAAUUAACCAACAUCUUUCACUGCCGUCGGUGCUGUGUUCUAAUAUCCACUAACCACAUCAAGUUAUGAAUUGGUGUUGAUUAUAAGUGUGUUGGAAAGCAACGUAUUUGCUAUAUAUAGACGUGUGCCUCUUAAAAUAGCAAUUCAUCAUUCUUUACGUAAUGACUGCAAGGUUGUGGCAUCAAGAUAACUUCUUGGUUGAUUUUUGUGUAAUUGACGUUACAGCGCCUUAACUGAGAUGAAUAGUUCUGUAUAUUAAAAUCUGAAUAUUUAUAGUGAAAUAAAGGCUGUUGAUUUGACGUUUGA